GCUCCAUGUAUGGAAAGACCGCAAACAUUAAAAACGAAAAAUAAAAUUUAAAAAGUUGUCGUAUUUUACUUUUGAAAUGGCGGAGGAGAGGAAAGGCGGCAAAAAACCAGAGAGUCUAAACGACAGCCACUAUCGCCUCCUUCAAGACCUCCUCUCUCCUCCUCCUGCUGCUGCUGCCAAUCCUUCUUCCACACCCGCCGCAGAGGGCGAUAAAGUGGAAAUGGAGGAGGUGAAGCCACCGAUCGAAGGCCAAAGGGUUCACAACCUUCCUCAUUUCUCACUCGCUGAUUUUGAUUCAUCUCCUGAAGAAGAAAAACCUUCAAAGGUUAAGAUUGAAGGUAGACGCCGUCUUUGUAAAGUUUCUUAUCGGGCUGACAGUGAUCAUGCUGACAAACAACCAGUGCUUGAUGAGCCCAACGUUUCGGGCAUUGCUGAUUAUGAAUCACCGGAAGUUCUGAAAAAAAAUCCGAGUAAGACUAGUGCCAAUGGUGGCGGGAAUGAGAUUAGGGAUAUUCUUGAUGACUUGAGCUCGAGGCUUGAGUUACUGUCAAUUGAGAGGAGGGGUGCCAGAAAAGCGGACAUGGUUGAAGGUUCUAAUGUGUCUAAAACCAAAGGCAAGGAGACAGAUGCUUAUUUGCCGAGGGAACCUCAACGAGCCAGCCUGGCUAUGAAACAUGAUGGUCAAAAGAAAAGAGAAACUUAUGGGUGGAUGAAACCAAAAACUGUGGCCUGUCCUCUUGUUCCUAAAGUCGGAAAAAGAGAGGUUGGUGUUGAGGAUGGCUGUGUAUUUUUGAGUGACAAUAAGAUAGUUAAAGAAUCAGGGAGGCAGAGUGGUAUUGUUAAAGAGUUCUAUGAAUCUGAUGAGCUUAUUGUUAUCGAUGAUUCUACUGAUGAUUGUGCUCUGGUGACUGAUGGUUCUAUUACUUUGAAUGGUCUCACAUCUACUUACAAGUUGCCUGGGAAGAUUGCGACAAUGUUGUUUCCACAUCAACGUGAUGGCCUAAAGUGGCUAUGGUCUUUGCAUUGUCAGGGGAAGGGUGGAAUCUUGGGUGAUGACAUGGGCUUGGGCAAAACGAUGCAGAUUUGUAGCUUCGUAGCAGGAUUAUUUCAUUCACGGUUGAUUAAAAGAGUUAUGGUUGUGGCCCCUAAAACACUGCUUUCCCAUUGGAUUAAAGAAUUAUCAUCUGUGGGUCUUGCUGAUAAGAUAAGAGAAUACUAUGGGACUUGCGCUAAAGCUCGAAAAUAUGAGCUUCAGUAUGUACUUCAGGACAAAGGCAUUCUUCUCACAACUUAUGAUAUUGUGCGGGUUAACUCAAAAUCUUUAAGAGGGGAUGACUAUGUUCUUGAUGAUGGAAGAGAAGAUAUCAUAUGGGAUUAUAUGAUACUUGAUGAGGGGCAUCUCAUAAAGAACCCUAGUACACAAAGAGCCAAAAGUUUGCUUGAGAUACCUUGUGGCCAUCGCAUUAUUGUAAGCGGCACGCCAUUGCAAAAUAAUCUGAAGGAGUUGUGGGCCUUAUUCAACUUCUGUUGCCCUGAGCUACUGGGAGAUAAGAAAUGUUUUAAGGAACAGUUUGAGUCUCUCAUUCUUCGUGGAAAUGAGAAAAAUGCUUCGGAUAGGGAAAAGCGUAUUGGUUCAACGGUUGCAAAGGAACUAAGAGAACGUAUUAAACCUUUUUUUCUGCGUCGCUUAAAGAGUGAGGUAUUUAAUGAAGACAAUGACCAAACAAGUGCCAAACUUUCUAAAAAGAACGAGAUCAUUGUUUGGUUGAGAUUGACGGGCUGUCAGCGGAAACUUUAUGAAGCUUUUCUAAAGAGUGAGCUGGUUCUUUCUGCUUUUGAUGGGUCCCCGUUGGCUGCACUUACGAUCCUGAAGAAAAUAUGUGAUCAUCCACUACUAUUGACAAAGCGAGCUGCUGAAGAUGUACUAGAAGAGAUGGAUUCAAUGUUGAAGCCAGAUGAAACUUGCAUGGCAGAAAAAUUGGCAAUGUACAUAGCCGAUGUUGCUGAGAGAGAGGACUUUAACGAAAAGCAUCCCAACCUGUCAUGCAAAAUAUCUUUUAUAUUGUCUUUACUGGAAAACUUAAUUCCUCAGGGGCAUAAUGUUCUUAUCUUCUCGCAAACUCGAAAGAUGCUUAAUCUUAUUCAGGAAUCACUAGUAUCCAAUGGUUACGAGUUCUUACGCAUUGAUGGAACCACAAAAGCUAUUGACAGAAUGAGGCUUGUUGAUGAUUUCCAAGAAGGUAAUGGAGCUCCCAUAUUUCUCCUGACAUCUCAAGUAGGUGGUUUGGGCCUCACGCUUACAAGAGCAGAUCGUGUGAUAGUUGUUGAUCCUGCUUGGAACCCAAGUACGGAUAAUCAAAGCGUGGAUCGUGCAUAUCGAAUCGGACAAAAUAAGGAUGUCAUUGUAUACAGAUUAAUGACUUGUGGGACUGUUGAAGAAAAGAUAUACAGAAAACAGAUAUACAAGGGCGGAUUGUUUAAAACUGCAACUGAGCAUAAAGAACAGAUUCGGUAUUUUAGUCAGCAGGAUCUUCGUGAACUUUUCAGUCUCCCAAAAGAAGGUUUUGAUGUAUCCCUUACUCAGCAGCAACUAUACGAGGAGCACGAUCACCAGCACACAAUGGACAAGUACUUCAAGUCCCAUAUCGAGUUCUUGGAAACUCAAGGUAUAGCAGGAGUCAGUCAUCACAGUUUACUCUUCUCCAAGACAGCACCUCUACCUGUCGCUGUAGGAGUAGAAGAGGAAGUUGAAAGAAUCAGAGGAGCUUCGACUGCGGGAAGUUCAUUUUCAAGUUCUUUACAAGAACGCAAUGUGAAUGGGGCCGAAUAUGCUUUCAAGCCAAAGGAUAUAAUCAUAAACAAGAAGCCUUCUUCACCGAUUGACGCGGAUAAAUUGACAGAAUCAGAGAUUAAACAGAGAAUCAACAGGCUGUCACAAACUCUUGCAAAUAAGGCAAUGGUUUCAAGAUUACCAGAUAAGGGGGAGAAAAUAGAAAAGCAAAUAGGUGCACUGAAGUCUGAGCUGUAUGGACUUGGAACAGUGAAAGCGGAAGGAAACGAGAGAAAUGUUAUCGACUUAGAUGAUAUAACUGGGGAGUUCCAUAGAGUGGUCAUAUAAGACAAGAUGUCGUUGUAAUUUUAUCGGAUGGCCCUGAAGGGAGGCAGAUAUACGGUAAAUAGAUUGAUCUGAGCAUUGCAACCUGAAAAAAGAAAACGUUAUCAUUGUAAUUGCUUGCCGUUAUUAUUUUUCCGUUAAUACUUGGAUACUGACUCGUCCUUAUUUGUGUGAGUGUGUUUUGGAUUGCAACGAGUCUCAUUUGCCGUUUUUUUAUGUACGAUAUGAAUGCCGUUG